AUGUAUAAUCGAGGGACGAAUUUGUUUUGUUAUUCCAUCCCUAGACGCUGCCAGAGCUGGAAGGGCUUUGGCGCCGGCGACCCUAUUUGUGCGUUUGAAAUUCUUGAAAGUCGCACUCUGAAAGCGUCAGAAUCGAAUGAAGGUUUUUGGAUUUUGGGUCGCGAGGAAAAAAAGCAAGGAACUCUCGAUUAUAUAUUUGGUCUCAUGAAGCAAUCAAAAGAUCCAUUUGAAGUAGCAUUCGAGGAACUCGAUGAAUCCCUUCCUGAUUCCCCCGACACUCAUGAUGAGAUUAUGGCUCAAACUCUAUCAUCAAAACCAAAUAUCAACUCCCAAAGAGAUGAUUUGGAAAACAGUAUUCAUCCUUUAAACCAACCAAAAUCAAGAGCCAGAUUGGCCUCAACUUCAGCAGCCAUCACAACCAAUCAGAAGAACAAAGAAGAUGAUGAGGAAGAAGAAGAGGAAAACAUGGAUGUUGAACUUGGAAAAUUCCCAUCUACAGGAGACCCAGACAAAAUGGCCAAGAUGCAAUCAAUAUUAUCUCAGUUCACUGAGGAACAAAUGAGUAGGUAUGAAUCUUUCAGAAGAUCUGGAUUUCAGAAAUCAAACAUGAAAAGGUUAUUAGCCAGCAUUACUGGAAGUGCCAAGAUUUCAAUGCCAAUGACUAUUGUCGUAUCCGGGAUAGCAAAGAUUUUUGUUGGUGAACUUGUUGAGACAGCGAGGGUAGUGAUGACAGAGAGAAAGGAGACAGGACCAAUAAGGCCGUGUCACAUUCGGGAAGCGUACAGAAGGUUAAAACUCGAAGGAAAGAUUCCAAAAAGAUCGGUGCCAAGGCUUUUUCGGUAGUUAUAUAUGUUUUAGGGU